GCGGUGCGCCGGAGCCAGGAGUCUUCCCGUCCCCGUCAUGGGGGACCCGGUCUAUCUACCACCGCGCGCCGGUAACGGCAAACACUUCGCCGCACUCACCGAAAUGAUGGCUGGCCAGGAUCCCAGAUGGCAGAAGGACGCGGCAGAUCAGAACUUCGACUAUAUGUUCAAGCUGUUGAUCAUUGGUAACUCCUCGGUGGGAAAGACUUCGUUCUUGUUUCGGUACGCCGACGAUUCCUUCACGUCCGCCUUCGUGUCGACCGUCGGCAUCGACUUCAAAGUGAAGACAGUGUUUCGGCAGGACAAGCGGGUCAAGCUACAAAUAUGGGACACGGCCGGUCAGGAGAGGUACCGGACCAUCACCACGGCAUACUACCGAGGCGCCAUGGGCUUCAUCUUGAUGUACGACAUCACGAAUGAGGAGUCUUUCAAUAGCGUGCAGGACUGGUGUACCCAGAUCAAGACAUAUUCGUGGGAUAACGCUCAGGUGAUCCUAGUAGGCAACAAGUGCGACAUGGAGGACGAACGGGUCAUCAGCUACGAGCGCGGCAAACAGCUGGCUGAUCAGCUCGGCCUCGAGUUCUUCGAGACAUCAGCCAAGGAAAAUAUAAAUGUCAAGGCUGUCUUCGAGCGUCUAGUGGACAUCAUCUGCGACAAGAUGUCCGAGAGCUUAGAUUCUGACCCGAACAUGAUGAGCGCCAGCAAAGGCACUCGGCUCACCGACCAGCAGCCCCCGAGCAGUGCGCCCUGCAACUGCUAACACGGCGCCGCCUCUAGCGGUCACCCCUGGGUCAGGAGGUCAGGGGGAGCCAACCCGCCGCUGGCCGGCAGCCGCCGUGCCAGCCGCAGUGUGUUACCUGGAGGUCGGAGGCCGCGACGGGUCGAAGACCCCUGGCGUCGUCACUGCGUUUGGCCGGCAAGCGUGCAGUUUGGGGUCAGGGGUCGGUCAGAGGUCACGCACAUGCCAGUGAAGGCCUCGCCCGCGUGACAUCAGAGCUCAGCCGCCCUGGUGACCCGCUUCCACGAGGCUAACGCGCACAAGCCGCGCCCCUCGACGACCCAGCAGACACAGCCGUAAAUAGACAGACGACACGAGUCUCUGACCGGGCACGCGUCGUUUCGGUGCGCGCCGGAGGCUCGGGCCUGCGAUUUACAGGGUCCACCGAAGCCCCUUGAUCCCCGACGGGCGCCAUGUGCUGACGUCCGGCUGGCGGGGCAGUUAGACAGAGGAGAUCAAUGCCGCCGCGGCCGCCGACACGGCCCGGGUCACCAGGCCGGAAAUCCCGCGAAUAUGUCACACAAUUAUCCGGGCCGGCGGCGUCGGCUGUCGCGUGAGCCCUCUGAUCGACCUCUGCUCCGCCGAGCAGGCCGGCCGACCGCCGGACGACGCGCCUCCCAGUGCAGUCCCGUGCCGUGCAGGAGCGGGGCUGGCGGCGGGCCGCCUGUCCGUGACGGCCGGGCGGCCUCCUGACUGCGCGCUCUCACUGUGACCGACCCGCUCUCUUCUCGUUCUCGGUGUCUGUCUGCUUUUCUGGCGCAGCGCGGCGCGCCGCUCCGUUCUGUCCCCGGUGCCGACGGCACCCUUGUCGCCCGCCCGAAUUUCUCGCAGGGGGGCGCCUGCGCCGCGCGCCGUGGCCUGCGACGCUCUGUCUGCUAUAGAGCUGUGUUUCACACCCCACAUUUUCCGCUGCCGGAAAGCAAUCAAACCGUGGACAGAGCGUGGGCCAAGCAUGUUCAGAGAGCCGUCAGCGGACGUCCCAGUAUCCCCGCCGCGUGUGUAGCUCGCCCACCCGUCUAGUGCCAGUGAGACCCCACCCCUCGCCCCAAUCCCGCCCCAAAGCCCGCCCCUCUAUAUAGACUGUGAGUUUGUACGUGUAACUGUGAGCUGUGUGCGUCUGUGUCGGAGCCUCGCGCCCUCCCUUUCACCCCUCGCUUCCACUAAACGCCCGGCGCUGGCGCGGCCCACCGCAUCGCUUUCUACUUGGUUCUCCGUUCGACACCGGGCCGCGUCGCCACACUCUCCCCGGGAGCUAUCCGACCGCUCGGUCGCGCGAGCCCUUCAGCCGCCACCAGCUUCCAUCCCCCGUCUCACCGCCUGCGAGAUCAGAACGAAGACAAGAGGUGCUGGGUGGCACCCCUCUUCGGUGUACGUCUUCGCCGCGAUGCCCGGCGCCCCGCCAGCCAGUUUUCGGUUGUAUGCGCGUGCGACAGACGGGGCUGGAUCUGAACGCAUGCUUUGACCUCGCGGCAGCUUUGGUUUGUGCCGCGGUGCCGCCUUCACUAGAAGUUGGCGUCCGUGAACUGGUGUGUAUCGGCAUAUUUCAGUUGAAUAUUUGUACAUACAUGUAGCAGGACGCGUGCUUCCUCCUGCAAAUGGGUUUAUGAUUGUAAAUAAUGUAGAAAUCGAGUUACGUUGCCACCUAGGAAAAAUACACAUGUUAAAUGUC